AUGCCUGGGCAUAUUCUUGCUCACGUCGACUGUGCCUCACCUUAUUCCUACUUCGCCAUCAUUCAUCUCAAACGUAUUCGGCCUGUCUUAGCGACGUACAACAUCAAAGUGACCUUUGUGCCAGUAUUCUUAGGAGGCAUUAAUCACGCCACUGGUAAUAAGCCUCCAUCCACACUGCCAGCUCGUGGAAGAUAUGGUCCUUAUGACAUGCGUCGAGCUCUUGAGCAAUUCAACACGGUGCCACUGAGCGCCCCCGACUUCUUCCCGAUGCGAGAUUACGACCAGGAUGUGUACGAAGCAAUUUUUGAGAGUUUGUGGAUAGCAGUGUUCAACAAGCAUAUCGACCUCGCAAAGCCAGAGAAUAUGAGAGCGGCUCUAUUCGAGGGCGGAAAACUGAGGGAAGAUCAAUGUGAUGAGAUACUCAAGUUGGCAAGCACAAAGGAGGUGAAGGACUUGCUGAACGCCAACACAAAAAGAGCGAUCGAAGAGUUUGGAGCAUUCGGGUGUCCUUGGUUAUGGAUUAUUAAGACUGAUAGGUCGGGACAGGAGGUGCUAAAGGAGCCAAUCUUUGGGAGUGAUCGGUGGACAUAUAUGUACCGACUAUUGGACUUGAAGUUCGAAGAUGUGAAAUUGGCUCCGGCGGAUGGACCAAAGCAAAAAGAGAUCAAGCUUUGA